GAUUUUCCUAUGCUGUGGGUUGGAAUCCGCUUAUGCUUAAUUUUAUCGGUGCGUGGCCAUUCAAGUCUAACAAGGGAAUUAAGAAAUACAAAAUAUGGUUUUCCUUUUUUUGUGUGUUAAUUUUUAUAUGGAUUCCACUGACAGCAAGUGUUUAUCCACUUUGGGGAAAUAUGGACGCCGUUAUUGAAUGUCUAUCCAUAAUUAUUCCACUCAUUAUUGCUCUGAUGAAAUUGGUCAUUUUUUAUUACUAUAAAAAAGAAAUGCGGAUAUUGAUUAAUUCAGUUGCUAAAGAUUGGGCGGUUGCGAGAAAAAAAGAAGAAAAAUUACCGAUGAUAAAAAUGGCGAAACUAAGCAGAAUAAUUUCAAUUAUUUCUGUUUUUCUUAUCAACAUUACUAUUAUUGCAUAUUUACUAUUUAAGAUUUGGCUGGCAUUAAAAAUGAAGAAAGAACAAAUAAUCAACGAUUCAAAUUUAGUUUUUAAUCUUCUUUAUACAGCGUAUUUACCUUACUCUACUAGAGAAUAUAAAUACUAUUUACCCACUUGGGCUGUUCAGUGUUUCACGACAUACUUCUCAACAACUGCCUACGCAUCCUUUGAUAGUUUCUUGUCCAUGAUUUUGUUACAUAUUUGUGGCCAAUUAACAGUUGUUGGAAUAUCACUAAAAGAUCUUAUUAACAAAACAAAUUCAGAAAAUUUAUAUCUAUUCCAAAAGAAUUUUGGACGAAUCAUAAAACGUCACGAAGAGCUAAACCAGUUGAUUAAAUUGAUCGAUAAUUCUUUUUGCAUUAUUUUGCUCCCUCAAAUGCUUGUAUGCACUUUGGCAUUUUGUUUUCAAGGCUACGUUUUAGCUUCAAGUUUGAUUGAUAACGAAAGUAAUGAUAUGUCGAUACUUGAAAUGAUGUUUUUUAGUUCAUAUAUGAUUUACACUCUUAUUCAUCUUUUUAUUUAUUGUUAUAUUGGUGACUGCUUAUCUUACAAUGUAAGUCUAGAUCAGAAUAUGUCAAUAAAUCAAUGGUGUUAUGAAAGCAAAUGGUACAACUUACCUUUCAAAGAAGCUCGAUUAUUGAUAUUUAUUAAUUUUCGUACAUACAAGCCUCUUGUUAUAACAGCCGGGAAAUUUUGCGCAUUCUCAAGGCAUCUUUUUCUUAUUUUAAAGACUUCUUUUGGCUAUUUGUCAAUGCUUUUGACAAUAAAACAAUAA